ACCCGGAUUAUCGUGGCGCGCCUCCCCGCCGGUCCCGCCGCGGCUCCGUGUCCCUCCGCCGUCCCCGCCGCUCCCGUUUCCGGCGGGGAACGAUGGCCGGGAUCUGACCCCGAGGAGGCCGCACCCGCGCCGCGCUGUGCGGCGGGCUCCUGGCGAUGCCGAGCAGCUCGGACACGGCGCUGGGGGGAGGCGGGGGCCUGAGCUGGGCGGAGAAGAAGUUGGAGGAACGUCGCAAGCGGAGGCGAUUCCUGUCCCCUCAGCAGCCGCCGCUGCUGUUGCCGCUCCUGCAGCCGCAGCUCCUGCAACCGCCGCCGCCCCCGCCGCCUCUGCUCUUCCUGGCUGCCCCCGGCACGGCCGCCGCCGCAGCCGCCGCCGCCGCGGCCUCCUCCUCCUGCUUCAGCCCCGGCCCCCCUCUGGAGGUCAAGCGGCUGGCGAGAGGCAAGAGGCGCGCAGGAGGGCGGCAGAAGCGGCGCCGCGGGCCCCGCGCCGGGCAGGAGGCGGAGAAGCGCCGGGUCUUCUCGCUGCCCCAGCCGCAGCAGGACGGCGGUGGCGGCGCCGGCGCCGGGAGCGGCGGGGGUGUGACCCCGCCGGCGGAGUACGAGGAUGUGAGCUCCCAGUCCGAGCAGGGGCUGCUGCUGGGGGCGGCCACGGCGGCAACGGCGGCGACGGCUGCCGGGGGAACGGGCGGCAGCGGCGGGAGUCCGGCCUCCUCCUCCGGCACCCAGCGGCGCGGGGAGGGCUCGGAGCGGAGGCCCCGCCGGGACCGCCGCGGCAGCAGCGGCCGCAGCAAGGAGCGCCAUCGCGAGCAUCGGAGGCGGGACGGCCAGCGGGGCAGCAGCGACGCCUCCAAGUCCCGCGGCCGCCACGGCCACAGCGGCGAGGAGCGGGCCGAGGCCGCCAAGAGCAGCAGCAGCAGCAGCGGCGGUGGCCGGCGCAAGAGCGCGUCGGCCACGUCCAGCAGCGGCAGCGGCAGCCGCAAGGACCGGGACCCCAAGGGUCACCGCAGCCGGACCAAGUCGGCCAAGGAGCCACCCUCGGCCUACAAGGAGCCGCCCAAGGCCUACCGCGAGGACAAGGCCGAACCCAAGGCCUACCGGCGGCGGCAGCGCUCCCUGAGCCCGCUGGGAGGCCGGGACGACAGCCCGGUGUCUCACCGGGCGUCGCAGAGCCUGAGGAGCCGCAAGUCCCCGAGCCCGGCCGGAGGGGGCGGCAGCCCCUACUCGCGGCGGGCGCCGCGCUCGCCGAGCCCCUACAGCCGCCGCCGCUCGCCCAGUUACAGCCGCCACAGCUCGUACGAGCGGGGCGGCGACGUGUCCCCCAGCCCCUACAGCAGCAGCAGCUGGCGCCGCUCGCGAAGCCCCUACAGCCCGGUGCUCAGACGCUCGGCCAAAUCCCGAAGCAGAAGCCCAUAUUCAUCUAGGCAUUCAAGAUCUCGUAGUAGACACAGAUUAUCUAGAUCCAGAAGUCGUCAUUCUAGCAUUUCCCCCAGUACACUGACUCUGAAGAGUAGCCUGGCAGCUGAAUUGAACAAGAAUAAAAAAGCACGAGCUGCAGAGGCAGCAAGAGCUGCAGAAGCAGCGAAAGCUGCAGAAGCAGCAAAAGCUGCUGAGGCAGCUGCCAAGGCUGCCAAAGCCUCCAACACUUCUACACCUACCAAGGGGACUGCAGAAACUGGUGCCAGCGCAUCACAAACCAACCAUGUGAAGGAUGUGAAGAAACUUAAGGUUGAGCAUACACCUUCUCCCUCAAGUGGUGGAACUUUAAAAAAUGACAAGGCAAAAACAAAGCCACCUCUUCAGGUAACAAAGGUAGAUAACAAUUUGCUUGUAGACAAAGCUACCAAGAAAACAGUUGUAGUUGGGAAGGAGAGUAAAUCUGCUGCUACAAAGGAGGAACCAGUAUCUCUUAAAGAGAAAACCAAACCACUUACACCAAGCAUAGGAGCCAAGGAGAAGGAGCAACAUGUGGCUUUAGUGACUUCUACAUUACCACCAUUACCUUUGCCUCCUAUGCUACCUGAAGAUAAAGAAGGUGAUAGCUUAAGAGGAAAUAUUUCAGUUAAAGCUGUUAAAAAAGAGGUAGAGAAGAAACUCCGAUGUCUACUUGCUGACUUACCACUGCCCCCUGAGCUACCAGGAGGAGAUGAUCUUUCCAAGAGUCCAGAAGAAAAGAAAACAGCAGCACAAUUGCACAGUAAAAGGAGGCCAAAAAUAUGUGGGCCUCGCUAUGGUGAAAUCAAAGAAAAAGAUAUUGACUGGGGAAAACGCUGCGUGGAUAAAUUUGAUAUCAUUGGAAUUAUUGGAGAAGGUACUUAUGGACAAGUUUACAAGGCCAGGGAUAAAGACACUGGAGAAAUGGUAGCUUUAAAAAAAGUACGUCUGGAUAAUGAAAAGGAAGGCUUUCCAAUUACAGCAAUUCGAGAAAUUAAGAUUCUCCGGCAGCUUACCCACCAGAGUAUUAUCAAUAUGAAGGAAAUAGUGACUGAUAAAGAAGAUGCUUUGGAUUUUAAGAAGGACAAAGCCAAACAUGCUGUUGGAAGGGCAAAAGGUGCAUUUUAUCUGGUGUUUGAGUAUAUGGACCAUGAUCUAAUGGGACUACUGGAAUCAGGCUUGGUUCAUUUUAAUGAAAGUCACAUCAAAUCAUUUAUGAGACAGCUCAUGGAAGGUCUGGAUUAUUGUCAUAAGAAGAACUUUUUGCAUAGAGAUAUUAAAUGUUCAAAUAUCCUUCUAAAUAAUAGAGGACAGAUUAAACUUGCAGAUUUUGGACUUGCUCGGUUGUAUAGCUCAGAAGAAAGCCGACCAUAUACUAACAAAGUCAUUACUCUGUGGUACCGUCCACCUGAACUGCUGUUGGGAGAAGAGCGGUAUACACCAGCUAUUGAUGUGUGGAGCUGUGGAUGUAUCCUUGGUGAACUCUUCACUAAGAAACCUAUAUUUCAAGCAAAUCAGGAACUUGCACAACUAGAAUUAAUAAGCCGUAUAUGUGGGAGUCCAUGUCCUGCAGUGUGGCCUGAUGUCAUCAAACUACCAUAUUUCAACACCAUGAAACCAAAGAAGCAGUAUCGUCGAAAGUUAAGAGAAGAAUUUGUUUUUAUUCCUGCAGCUGCACUAGACUUAUUUGAUUACAUGCUCGCCUUGGAUCCUAGUAAGCGUUGCACCGCUGAGCAGGCUCUUCAAUGUGAGUUCCUACGAGAUGUGGAGCCCUCAAAAAUGCCUCCACCUGACCUUCCUUUAUGGCAAGAUUGUCAUGAGUUAUGGAGUAAAAAGCGAAGAAGGCAGAAGCAGAUGGGCAUGACUGAUGAUGUUUCCACAAUCAAAGCCCCUAGGAAAGAACUGUCUCUGGGCUUGGAUGACAGCAGAACUAACACACCCCAGGGUGUGCUGCCGCCUACACAACUGAAAUCUCAGGGCAACUCGAGUGUAGCACCUGUAAUAACAGGCCCUGGACAGCCGUUAAACCACAGUGAAUUGGCAAUUCUACUAAACCUACUACAGUCUAAAACAAGUAUUAAUGUGGCUGAUUUUGUCCAAGUGUUGAACAUUAAGGUAAACUCUGAGACUGAGCAGCAGCUAAAUAAAAUAAACCUUCCUGCUGGAAUUUUGGCAACAGGUGAAAAACAGACAGAUCCAUCAACACCACAGCAGGAGUCUUCGAAACCUUUGGGAGGAAUUCAACCUUCUCAGACUGUCCAACCUAAAGUGGAGGCAGAUGCUGCCCAGGCGGCUGUGCAGAGUGCAUUUGCAGUUCUGUUGACUCAGUUAAUAAAGGCUCAGCAGUCAAAACAGAAAGAUGUGCUACUAGAAGAGAGGGAGAACGGAGCGGGACAUGAAGCAUCAUUACAACUCAGGCCACCUCCAGAACCUAGCACGCCAGCAUCAGGACAAGAUGAUCUUAUCCAACACCAAGACAGGAGGAUAUUGGAGUUAACACCAGAACCAGACCGGCCUCGGAUUCUGCCUCCUGAUCAGCGACCUCCUGAGCCACCUGAACCCCCACCAGUCACUGAGGAGGAUCUGGAUUAUCGGACAGAAAACCAGCAUGUCCCUACCACUAGUUCUUCACUAACUGACCCUCACGCUGGAGUGAAAGCAGCCUUGCUUCAGCUGCUGACUCAGCACCAGCCCCAGGAUGACCCCAAGAGAGAAGGCAGUAUGGAUUACCCUGCAGGGGACACUUAUGUGCCCACUUCAGACUAUAAAGACAACUUUGGAUCAUCAUCUUUUUCUUCUGCUCCUUAUGUUAGUAAUGAUGGUCUCGGAAGUAGUUCUGCUCCACCGCUAGAACGACGUAGCUUCAUUGGAAACUCAGAUAUUCAGUCCUUGGAUAACUACAGUACUGCUUCAUCUCAUUCUGGUGGUCCUCCUCCUCCACCUCCUCCACCUCCUCCUCCUCCACCACCUCCUCCUCAACCUUCUGCCUUUUCCGAGUCAUUUCCCAGUUCAGUAGCUGGAUAUGGAGACAUUUACCUCAAUGCCGGUCCCAUGUUGUUUAGUGGAGACAAGGACCAUAGAUUUGAAUAUAACCAUGGUCCUAUUGCAGUCCUGGCAAACAGCAGUGACCCCUCCACAGGGCCCGAGAGUACUCAUCCUCUGCCAGCAAAGAUGCACAACUAUAGCUAUGGUGGUAAUUUACAGGAAAAUCCAGGUGGCCCCAGCCUCAUGCAUGGACAGACCUGGACUUCUCCUGCCCAAGGACCUGGAUAUUCACAAGGAUACAGGGGGCACAUUAGCACAUCGGCUGGUAGAGGUCGAGGCAGAGGGCUACCAUACUGAGUAUGUUUUUCCUCAGGCACAUCAUUUUUAUCUGGAAAGACUUUUCUAGCUGCAGUUUAAGGCAGCAAUCCAAGAGACUUGAAUAAUAUUAAUUCAACAACAGCUUUAUUUUUAUGUGGAAAGGGUCUUGCAUACAAUAGUGAAAAAAACACAAAAAAACCUUGCUUAAAUUCAUGCUGUUCUUAAAACUAGAUCUAUUGAUUGUACAUCUUCACAAAUUCUAGUUACAAUUUUAUUUUGUAUUCUUGCAGUUUUAAGUGGAUGCUAAUCUUAGGGACAUAAGCUUUUUAUGGCCCUCUUGCAGAUCUUCUGAACUAUGCACAUUUGUGCUUUUUUUUUUUUUUUUUGUAAGUUUGGACCAACUUUUAUGUAAAAACAACCCUUCCUUGCUCCCCUCCAGUUUUACAACAAUCAGAAAGGGCACUGAUUUAUUUGGUAUUUUUCUUUUUACAAAGCUACCUUUAGUCAAAGGUCACUGUCAAGUCUUUGCACCUGCUUUCAGUGUUAUUGUGAAAGGUGUACUUUGUGCUCAUUUCAGAAAAUAAAACACAACCUUUCUCUUGAUGCAA